AUGACGAGAGCCAAAUGGAUCCAGGUCGCAGUCUUACUGGUGGCGGCAGUGGCAGUUUCCGCCUCAGCCAAGGGGGACCACGAGGAGCUGGACCUCGGGGUUGGCUUCCUUCAGGAGCCUGAUGAGGCCGACCUUCUUGUGCCACAAGAGAGCCAACAGGUCUCCGUAGUGGCCGCGACAGAUCUCAAGCCGUCUGCUACAGGUUACGGAGGUGGAAAGGGUCACAAGGCCGACAAGGGAUACAAGGGCUCGUACCAUGACAAGGCCGGCUACAAGGGCCACAAGGGACAUAAAGCCAACAAGGGCUACAAAGGCAGCCACUACGGUGACCAUGGAAAGGCACACUACAAGGGAUACAAGGGCAACAAUGGCAAGAAGUACAAGGGGCAUCACGACAAGCACAAGUAUUACGGAGAUUCUCACAAAGGCAAAAAGGGCAAGAAAGGCCACCACUACGGAUCCAAGGGUCACCACAACAAAGGUCACAAAGACAAGGGCUUCAAGAACGUCUACCACAAGGAGGAGUACCACCACAACAAGAAGUUCUACGACGACAGCGACAAGAAGAAGUACCACAGCAAAUACGACGACUUCGACGCCUACUUCAAGGGCCACAAGGGCAAGGACUACAAGGGAGGCCACUACAAGGGGGGACAUCACCACGACAAGCACGGCCACAAGGGGCACCACGAGAAGGGCAAGUACCACGACGACCACAAGGGCCACAAGGGCCACUACGGCGACAAAGGACACUACGGCCACAAGAGUUCCUACGGCAAGAAGGGAGGACACAAGGGUUCGUAUGGCCACGACGACCACAAGGGAUAUGGCCACGACGACCACAAGGGAUAUGGCCACGACGACCACGGACACGGCGGUUAUGGCCAUGACGACCACGGCCAUGGUGGAUAUGGCCACGACGACCACGGCCAUGGUGGAUAUGGCCACGACGACCACGGUCAUGGUGGAUAUGGACGACCACGGCCAUGGUGGAUAUGGCCACGACGACCACGGCCAUGGUGGAUAUGGCCACGACGACACGGCCAUGGAUAUGGCCACGACGACCACGGUCAUGGUGGAUAUGGCCACGACGACCACGGCCAUGGCGGGUAUGGCCACGACGACCACGGUCAUGGCGGCGGCUAUGGCCACGACGACCACGGUGGCUACGGUUCCACUCGAAAUUUUGCCAAGUUUUCACAAGUGAAAGCUCAAAACCACAUUGCUACCAUUUUUGCUAUACCUUUACUAAAUACAAGGUUAAAUGUUCUACACAGCGCCGUAUCAAAACAACAGCUGAAGAGAUUCAAGGUUGGUAGCAGUGAGAAAAUCUUUUUGCAGACUUUUCUAAUAUUUAUAUCUACUUUACUCCUUGGUACUGCUUUAAGACCUGCUAUUCCACUAACCUUUUGUCAUGAGGCGUAA